AUGGACCCUUUAUUUCUGGCGUGGAGCUACUGUAGAAGACGAAAGUUCCAGCAGUGCGCAGAUAUCUGUACAAAGUUAUUACAAGACGCUCCAUACGAUCAGGAUUCGCCAUUAUUUAUGUCAGAGGCUGCUUGGAGCCUGAAAACCCGUGCUCUAACAGAGGUGGUCUACAUAGAUGAAGUUGAAGUUGACGAAGAAGGACUUGCUGAAAUUUUGCUUGAUGAGAACUCUAUUGCUCAAGUGGCACGCCCUGGAACUUCUCUGAGGCUGCCUGGUACAAGUCAGGGAGGAGGCCCAACCCCCGCUGUCAGACCCAUGACGGGGUCAGGACGCCCCAUCACUGGAUUUGUGAGACCGAGCACUCAGUCAGGUCGCCCUGGAACAAUGGAGCAGGCCAUUAAGACCCCUCGCACGGCAAGCACUGCCCGACCAGUCACAAGCUCCUCUGGAAGAUUCGUUCGUCUGGGAACAGCUUCAAUGAUUACAAAUCCAGAUGGGCCAUUUAUAAACCUGUCCAGACUAAACCUGGCCAAGUAUAGCCAAAAACCAAACGUAUCAAGGACAUUAUUUGAGUACAUCUUUCACCAUGAAAAUGACAUAAAAAAUGCCUUAGAUUUAGCCGCACAGGCAACAGCGCAUGCCCAGUUCAAAGACUGGUGGUGGAAGGUACAACUGGGAAAAUGCUACUACAGACUUGGAUUGUAUCGAGAAGCAGAGAAGCAGUUUCGAUCGGCACUUAACCAUCAGGAGAUUGUGGAUAGCUACCUCUAUCUCGGAAAGGUCUAUCAUCGUUUGGAUCAACCAAUCACAGCUCUGAACUUGUUUAAGCAAGGCCUCGACCACUUCCCUGGCGAAGUCACUCUUUUAACUGGAAUCGCACGUAUCCAUGAGGAGAUGAACAACAUAACAUCAGCCACAGAAUACUACAAGGACGUGCUGAAGCAAGAUAACACGCACAUUGAGGCUAUAGCUUGCAUCGGCAGCAAUCAUUUCUACACUGACCAGCCUGAAAUAUCCCUCAGGUUUUACAGACGUCUGCUGCAGAUGGGUGUGUACAACUGCCAGCUGUACAACAACCUGGGCCUGUGCUGCUUCUACGCUCAGCAGUACGACAUGAUCUUAUCAUCGUUUGAGAGGGCUUUGUCUCUGGUCACCAAUGAUGAGGAGCAGGCGGAUGUGUGGUAUAACAUCGGACAUGUUGCCGUGGGAAUAGGGGAUAUCACUUUGGCCUACCAGUGCUUCAAACUGACUCUUACUUUCAACCCUGAUCACGCUGAAGCCUACAACAAUCUUGCAGUGUUGGAGCUGCGCAAAGGUCGCGUUGAACAAAGUAAGGCCUUCCUGCAAACCGCCGCAUCCCUGGCAUCUCACAUGUAUGAGCCUCACUUCAACCUCGCCAUUCUCUGUGAAAAAAUUGGUGAUCUUCAGAGCAGCUACACAGCAGCUCAGAAGUCUGAAGAUGCUUUUCCAGAACACGUGGACACACAGCAGCUCCUGAAACAGCUCAGGGAACACUUUUCAGCACUUUGA